AUGUUUAUCGGCGACUUUGCAGACAGAACAGGCCGUCGACCAGCCUAUAUCAUUUGUUUUAUUAUUUACAUCGCGUCGAACAUCGGACUGGCUUUGCAGGACAGCUAUGCUGCUCUCAUUAUAUUGCGAUGCUUGCAGAGUUCUGGGAUCAGCAGCAGUGUAGCACUCUCUGCAGCUACUGUGGCUGAUAUCAGCACAAAACAGGAACGAGGAUCGAUGAUGGGGUUUGUGAUGGCUGGAAAUUUCAUGGGGCCCGCCAUUGGUCCCAUUAUUGGAGGACUUUUAGCUCAAUAUUUGGGCUGGCGAUCGAUUUUCUGGUUCCUGACCAUCGCCUCCGGCGUCUUCUUGUUACCUCUCCUUCUAUUUCUCCCCGAAACUGCCCGAAACGUCGUUGGCGACGGCUCAUUCCCUGCACAGCCGUGGAAUCGGCCUUUGGUUUACUUGUUCUCUCGCCAAAAUGGGAACAGCCAGUAUCGCUCCGACAAGGAUAGUGUUGAUCGACCUCACAGCAGCGAUUCGCCAAAGAAAAUUAUCGACCACAAACUCCAAUUCCCCAACCCAUUGAAACCUUUGAUACUGGUGUUUCAUCCAAACUCAAUCAUCAUUCUCUUGGUAACGGGAAUCAUCAUGGGUGGGAACAUGACGGUUCUCUCUUCUAUCACGGAGAUAUACACGGCGCAGUACAGCCUGGACGAGCUUGAGAUCGGUCUAUGCUAUAUCUCGCUAGGCACUGGGUCCAUCGUGGCUUCGGUUGUUACAGGGCGCCUACUGGACUGGAACUAUCGACGCAUGGCUGCCAAAAGAGCCACUGAUUUCACUACAUCCGAACAAGAUACACCCGAGGACUCGAUCUCUAUCGAGAAGGCCCGUAGUAUGAUUACUAUUCCCCUCGUUGUCCUCGGUAGUGUCACCGUGCUAGCGUUUGGCUGGGCACUCAAAUACGGCGCGCCUCUUGCGGCUCCGGAGGUGCUUCUGUUCUUCAUCGGCGUAGGACAGACUGGGGGGUUUAUCUCCACCUCCACUCUGCUGGUCGAUCUACACACCGCCAACCCGGCUGCUGCUACUGCUGCCAAUAACAUGGUGCGGUCUUUUUUCUCGGCUGCAGCCUCGGCUGCCAUCGAUCCUAUGUUGACCGCAAUGGGUCGGGGAUGGACAUUCACGCUGGUUGCAUUCAUCUUGUUAGCAACAAUCCCAUUCCUGUUGUUACUAUGUGGAACGUAG